GCCGAGAGACAUCCAGCACGAAAAGUCAGUCGCCGCAGCUUCGAUACACAUCAGCACAGACACGCACACAGAACACAACCUUGUCGCUCCGUUCCACAACAGCCUCAGAGCCAGACAUGUACGCAUCCUCCGUCGACACGCCGGGGUCCAACGGCAGCGGCGUCGCCGAAGGAACCCCGAGUGGUAUCGCCCACCACGGCGUGUUUGCCGGUAGCCACGUUGGCAGCAACAGCAACAACAACAGCACCGCCACCAGCAGGGGCACCACGCCACAGAUCCACAACUUGCUGAACCUCACCAGCUCCGACAGCACCACCGAGAGAAACAACCUCUCGUCAAUGUCCCUCCCGCUUUCGUCGAACUCGUACUCGGCGGCCUCGCCCAGUCCGCCACAUAACGACACCAACACCGUGAACUCGCUGUCUCCUCCGCCACAGACAGAGAGCAACGACGCGUUUGCCGCCGCUGCAGCUGCGAAGGCCAAGCAGAAGAGAAAGCCCACCAGAAAGCUCUCAUCCAACGAGGAGAAAGUCUUGCUUUCGACCUCCUCUCCGGAGGGAAUUGCUGCAGCGUCACAAAUCACCCCAAAUAGAAUCGCUAACAUCUUGAUCAAGGAGGGCCCGCUUCCUAUCCGCCACUUGACCGGAUACUUGAUCCAACAGGUCCCUGCUUUCGGCAAUCUUUCUUUGUCCAAGCAGCGGAGGUUGAUCAUGGCGGCCUUGGAGUCCGGCGACAUACUCACGGGCUGCGUCUUUGAGAAGAUUGGCUGGGGACAGUGGGAGGCGAAAAUCGUAGGCAAGGAAUUGGUGAAAAUCAAGAUUGAAAAUAGCUUGAACAAUAAUAACAACAGUAGUGGCACCAACACCAAUGGCAACAGUAACAUAAGUACUCCUUCCUUCGCUAAUGGCAAAGACAGUGGCCAUAAUGGUGUCAACAAUGUUAGCAGUGGCAAUGCAACUUCUGGCAGUACUGCCAUUAAGAACCUCGAUAUCAACAACAACGCACCACCUUCAACUCAAAAUAUGGACAUCGACAGGCAGAGCUUAUACAGCAGCAGUGAACACGCACAUAUAUCCCAACAACAGCCAGGCUUCUACCAUACUAGCAUAAAGUCGGAAUCCGCCAUUGCCGACCCCAAGCUGAAACCGUCCAAGCUGCUUUCGGAUUCUAUCCGAAGAGAGUCUAUUACCAGCCAAUCCAAUGACGGAACCUUCAAAGUCCCCACCUCUCCAACUCUGGGUCCAAUACAGAACUUGAGAAACUCCUUCAAAAAUUACGCAGAUAUAGAUGAGGCAAUUGAGUCCUCCUCCGACGACGAGUUCGAAAACGACUACGAUGACGAGGACUUCAACUUGAAUAACGAUUCUGGAGGCUCUCCCCCGGCAAUAAUGGAGUCCCUUCAUAAUGGUACCUCCACUGGUACCUCAAACAUUGCCAUCCCAACGACUGCCACCACAAACAAUAGCGCCAAUAACAAUAAAGGCCUUCCGAACACCUUACCUAAGAACAAAGUACAGAGUAUACGUUCACCAUCCGUUUCAUCAUCUCGUCGGCCCUCCUUUGCAGGGAUUCUGAAACCAAGGAAGCCGAGAUCGUCAUUCAACCAACAUACGCUGGAAGUAGCCCUCGAUGAGGGUCCGUUGGAAAGACGUGAAUCAAGAGUAUCCUUCUCAAACUCCGCAAGUUUGUCCCGCCAAUCAUUUUUGAGAACAAAUAUAUCGCCUCGAUUGUCAAACAACAAUAGUUCUGCUUCGAUCCAUGACAAGGAUAAUGAGAACGCAAUUGCCGAUGACGACGAGGAGGAAGACGGAAAUUUCACAGAUGAAGAGGACUGGCAAGCAAUUGGCCCUUCAUCUCUCAGGAAAAAUAGACACUUGAGUAUAGUGACUCCUCCAACUCCAACUUUAUUGGAUUCUGCUGCAGGUAUUUCUGACAAUAAACCAGACUCAAGCAAGACCGACGAGGAAAUGGCCGCUAUUGCAUUGAUGGACUUAAAGACUGUUUGACCAUAUUCAUUCAUCUUGUCCUUGUUUUUUUUUCCUUUCUCUAUCGCUUUCUUCUUCUAUUGUAUCAGACUCUUUGUUUUUGUCUUUCUAUACAGCUUCCAUAAUGAAACUGGUUUGCUCAAACUGAUUCUAUACACGUUACAUAUUUUUAGUCUCUUCCUUUCAAUUCUUUCUUUCCCUAUCCUUACUAUUUUCUACGUAUAUUUUAUUCUGCUUACGCCAAACAUUCGGUGCAUUUAGGUCAUUGACCUUUUUACACCUUUCCGCUCCUUCUUUUAUCCGUCACAACAUCACUAAAAAAAAUUAAUUUUAUUGCAUAUUUUAUUUAAACUAUAUGAAAGAAUAACAAUUAAAACUCAGAAAUUGCAACAGCGAUGGAUUGGACAUCGUCGUGAGAGAUUGAAACUUUGACGUUCUUGACACCG